AUGGGUCGUGGGGGUUCAUCAAGAUGGUGCCCAACCCAGGAACAGCUUGUGAUUCUUGAGGAGAUGUACAGAAGUGGGAUCAGAACUCCAAAUGCGUCCCAGAUUCAGCAUAUCACAGCUCAACUUUCUUUCUAUGGCAAGAUAGAGGGGAAGAAUGUUUUCUAUUGGUUUCAGAACCACAAGGCUAGGGACCGACAGAAACUCCGCCGCAGAUUGAACAAGCAACUUCAGUUACAGCAGCAGCGGCAACACCAGCUGCUCCUUAACUAUUACCUUCACCUUCAUCUCAGUCACAACUCUAAUCACCAUUCUCACUGCCCUAUGCAGUCUCUUAUUACUGCCUCAUCUUCCCAACAAUAUUCCUUUUCAGAGGGAGGAGCUGCACCAAAACAAGGCAUAGAUUACAAAUGGAGAAGCGAAAAUACAGGAGUGAUGGAGAAGACGUUGAAGCAAGAUUGGGGGACGAUGAUGGAGUAUUACGUAUAUGACUGUGUGAGAAAGAUCUCAAUUGUUCAAUGA